AGCGACAAUGAGUACCAGUGAGACGGGGUACAUUGAGACAUGUCUCAUUGUUACCCAUAUAUUAUUAAAAAAUAUAGAAUUUCAUAAAAAAAGUGUUCAGAAUGCCGAGAAAUCCACCAAGGAAAACAAACUAUGGAACAUUUUCCGAGGAAACUAUGAAAAGGGCAGUUGAAGCUGUGCUUAGCGGACGUAGCACUAGAUCUGUUGCAAAACAAGAAAAUUUAAGUUUCCAGACCUUAUCUAGAUAUGUGCGAAAGAGAAAAUUCAGUCAGGAUGAAUUAAUUCGGUAUACACCUAAUUAUGUAGUAAAUAAAGUAUUUAAUACCGAGCAAGAAAAAAUGCUGGCUAAUUAUAUUAUUAAAUGGUCUCAGAUAUUUUAUGGGCUCCCUCUUCGUGGUUGCCGUAAAUUGGCUUAUGAGCUAGCAUUCGUAAACCAUUUUAAGAUGCCUCCAAAAUGGUCCGUUAAUAAAAGGCAGGAGAGGAGUGGAUGAGAAAUUUCAUAAAAAGAAAUCCAAAUGUUUCUUUAAAAAACUCCAGAAGGAUGUAGUCUAUCACGGGCACAUCCUUUAAUAGGCAUAACGUUAAUAUGUUUUUUAAUAACUUAUACAAAGCAAUGAAAUGCAACGAAACAUUUGGCGAUGGGACGCGUAUUUUUAAUCUUGAUGAAACGGCUACAGUGACUGUUCAAAAAUCGGCUAAAGUUACAAGUGGAGAAAAGGGCGUUCUUGUAACAACAUGUAGAAUAGUAAGUGCUGCAGAAAAUCAUCUCCCUCCUGCUAUGGGUUUUCCACGGGUUUACUUCAAAGAACACAUGAUUGUUAGUACUCCGCCUGGUACUUUAGGUCUGGCGUAUCCAUCUGGUUGGAUGAAUGCCGACUUGUUUUUAAAAGUAAUGGAGCCCUUUAUUAAGCACACCUCUAGUUCGAAAGAAAAUCCAAGUCUUUUACUUUAUGACAAUCAUGAGAGUCAUCUAUCCAUCCAGGUUAUCAAUCUUGCUAAGAAAAAUUGCGUCACUAUUGUGACAUUUCUACCACACUCGACCAAUAAGAUGCAACCUUUAGACGUUGGAAUUUUUAAGCCUUUCAGUAUUGCUUAUAAUGCUGCUAUAGAUAGCUGGCUGAUGCAUCAUCCUGGAAAGCCAGUUACCAUUUAUCAAGUUGCAGGUUUUGUGGGGGAAGCAUAUCAAAAAGCAAUGACUUCAGCAAAUAUUACCUCCGCUUUUAAAAAAUGCAGAAUAUUUCCCUUUGACAGAGAAAUAUUUACAGAUAUUGACUUUUUGCCAUGCUCAGUCACUGAUAGACCUCAACUAGAACUGGGUAAUCAAACUCCUCCUCGGGAACCAAUUGAUGAUCAAACUAAACUAAACGCAAAUAGAUUUAUAACCUCGGAAGAAAUUCGCCAGUUUCCUAAAGCUGAGCCGAGAAAAGAGACAUCCAAAGGUAGACGAAAGGGAAAAAGCAUGAUACCCACCGAUACUCCCGAAAAACUUGAGCUGGAAGAAAGACAGGUUAAAAAAGCAAUACAUUCAAGCUCAAUAGAUGUACGGAAAAAGAAAAGUGUAAAGCGAAAGAUUCAGGACCGUGAUGAAGAUGAUGAAGAAUGGCAUUCUGAUGCAUCAUCUGAACAUCUUGAACCUGAAGUGAAUCCAAGAGUGGAUCCCACAGCAUUUGAAGAUCUGUCAAAAUUUCCAGAGGUUGAGGAUUAUGUUCUGGUUGAAUUUAAACCAGAAAACAUAAAAUCAAAGCCUGUUUACUACAUAGGAAAGGUGCUUUCUUAUGUUACUGAGACAAAUGAGGCGAAUAUUAGUUUUAUGAGGAAAAGCCAAAAGACUGGUUCAAAAUUUUACUUUCCCGUUAUCCCAGACAUUGCCACAAUGCCAGUUAAGGACGUUAAAAUGAUUUUACCAAGACCCCUUAAUUACCGUUAUACUAAGUGA